AUGACCGUGCCACUCCUCACUCCGCAGAAUCCUGCCAACACUGGCGCAGCGACUGUGACCGCCUUCCCCUUUUCCAAAGCCCGUAUGCGCUACAAAGAGGACAGACGCCCGACGAUUCCAGAGCCCCUGAAGGACGAGUUCUUGCUUGACUUGCUGGCGCCGGCGGAGGCGCAUUUUCAUGCCAACCCGGGUGGCGUAAGUAAGCCCCCCUGCUACCAAUCUACACAGCCGUCACACAUGCUCGGUAUGCAUGGCUCAGCCUAUGCUAACUUGGCCAUGCCAGACGCCGAUGUCCUGACUGCUCUCGGAGGUCGGUUCGAUGACCGUUGGUCGAUUUCUCCUUCUCUACAGCCUCAACCAAUCACACUUUCCACUCAGCCCAUCCCCCGGCAAUCACUCUUCUUCAGUAUCAUCAUCCACCAAGCUCCGCAGCCAACCCGGCCAUGUCAGCAGUGCACCGAGCUCAUCGGGCCCAGUCGGCCUCCAGCCAGAUCACGUCUACCGUUCUCAGUUGUCACCCUGGCGGUUCAAGAUCCGGUCGGCGUUGUUAGUGACGCUGAACAAGGAGAUGACAAUUCUAGAGUCGACCCAGCAUAG